GGACGUUCACCUCCUGCCGAAAUGUGUGUGGUGUAGAGUGAGUGAGAGGAGGAGGAUGCAGUCUGUUUAUUAGCUCUACCUGUCGCUGUCCGGUAGGCGGUGAUAACGUGCGCGUGUGUGUGCGCGCGCGCGCGUGUGUGUGUGCGAUGGACCGGCGGGGGGGCGGAGCCGCUCGGACAUGAGUAAAUGACGUCAGCCCCCGGGUCGCCGAGCAGUGAAACAAACAUGGCGACAGAAUGGAGCGGGCAGCAGGGUUACAUUCUCGCGCUCGUUAUCUUCCUGUGGAGCGCGGUGGGCGGCCGCGCGGAGACGGCUGCCGCUGCAGCGGCGGCGGCCGGCGGCGGCAGCGGCGGUGGCGGGAGCGGCGGCGACGGUGGCGGCGGCGGCCAGGUGCUCGGCAUGCGGCUGGAGAGGAGCGACAAGCCGUCCGGCACCAAUGACGACGGUGUCAUCCAGGUGACCGAGGAGAGCACCGUGCAGCUCCGGUUCUACGGGGUGCAGCUCCACUCGGGCGCUUGGACGCAGAUCCGCUUCACGGAGCUCACGGAGGACGGCGCGGAGGAAGAGGAGGCAGAGGAGGAAGAGGAGGAGGUGGCGGCGGAGACGGCGGCGGAAGCGGCGCCGGGCGGCAGCGGCGUGCUGGAGGCGCCGGACCGGACCUGCACCGACUUCACCAAGGACAUCAGCAUCGGCACCUUCAUGAACGUGAGCGGCCGGGGGACGUCCGGCGUGCUCACCCUGCGCGUUAAGCCGCUGCGCAAGAGCGAGCCGCGGAAGGAGUACGCCCUGUGCACGCGCCGCGCGGGCGGCACCAGGUGGGCGCUGCGGGGCGGCAGCGACGGCCGGCUGCUGGUGCUGGAGGAGAAGAAGUCGCUGCUGCCCAUGUGGCUGCAGCUGAUCCUCAUCUGCUGCCUGCUGGUGCUCUCCGGCAUGUUCAGCGGGCUCAACCUGGGCCUGAUGGCGCUCGACCCCAUGGAGCUGCGCAUCGUGCAGAGCUGCGGCACCGACAAGGAGCGCCGGGACGCCCGCAAGAUAGAGCCCAUCCGCAGCAAGGGCAACUACCUGCUCUGCUCCCUGUUGCUGGGCAACGUGCUGGUGAACACCACCCUCACCAUCCUCCUGGACGACCUGAUCGGGUCGGGCCUGGGCGCCGUGGUGGCCUCCACCAUCGGCAUCGUCAUCUUCGGGGAGAUCGUGCCGCAGGCGCUGUGCUCGCGCCACGGGCUGGCGGUGGGCGCCAACACCAUCAUGGUGACCAAGUUCUUCAUGUUCCUCACCUUCCCCGUGUCCUUCCCCGUCAGCAAGCUGCUGGACGUGCUGCUGGGCCAGGAGAUCGGCACCGUGUACAACCGCGAGAAGCUGGUGGGGAUGCUGAAGGUGACGGAGCCCUACAACGACCUGGUGAAGGAGGAGAUGAACAUGAUCCAAGGCGCCCUGGAGCUCCGCAACAAGACGGUGGAGGACGUCAUGACGCCCAUCGGCGACUGCUUCAUGAUCCAGGCGGACGCCGUGCUGGACUUCAACACCAUGUCGGUGAUCAUGGAGAGCGGCUACACGCGGAUCCCCGUGUACGACGACGAGCGCUCCAACAUCGUGGACAUCCUGUACGUCAAGGACCUGGCCUUCGUGGACCCUGACGACUGCACCACGCUGAAGACCAUCACCAAGUUCUACAACCACCCGGUGCACUUCGUGUUCCACGACACCAAGCUGGACGCCAUGCUGGAGGAGUUCAAGAAAGGUAAAUCCCACCUGGCCAUCGUCCAGAAGGUGAACAACGAGGGGGAGGGGGACCCUUUCUACGAGGUGCUGGGAUUGGUCACCUUGGAGGACGUCAUCGAGGAGAUCAUCAAGUCGGAGAUCCUGGACGAGUCCGACCUCUACACGGACAACAGGAACAGGAAGAAGGUCGACCCCAACAAGAACAAGCCUGACUUCUCGGCCUUCAAGCAGGACGGAGACAGCAAAGUAAAGAUUUCUCCUCAGCUCAUGCUGGCGGCGCAUCGCUUCCUGGCUACAGAGGUGAGUCUGUUCAGCCCCUUCCAAAUCACAGAGAAAGUCUUACUGAGGGUCCUCAGGCACCCCGACGUCAUCCAGGAGCUCAAGUUCAACGACAGCGACAAACGCUCACCUCAACACUUCCUGUACCUGAGAGGCAAGCCGGUGGACUACUUCAUCCUCAUACUGCAGGGGAGAGUGGAGGUGGAGGCCGGCAACGAGAACAUGAAGUUUGAAAGCGGGCCGUUCUCGUACUACGGAGUGAUGGCUCUGAGCUCGCCAUCACUGGCUGUCACCCCUCCUCUCUCUCCAUCAGUGGCGUCUCCCCCUCCACGACGCCUCUCUCUUAAGAGGUUUUCUCUGUUCUCUCGUUUUCCAGAGUUCCGCUCCCCGUCGCACGCAGGGAACCUGAACCGCUCGGCGUCUCUGAGCUGCAGCGAGCGCGUCCCGGGCGACGUGUCGGUGGGCGGGAGCGUGACCCAGAUCCCGGGAACGCCGUUCCAGUACGUGCCGGACUUCUGCGUGCGAGCGCUCGCCGACCUGCAGUUCGUGAAGAUCACUCGCGCUCAGUACCAGAACGGCGUCCUGGCGUCCCGUCUGGACAGCACGCCGCAGUCCCCCGAGGGCAGUCGCACCCGCCUGGACACUUCGGUCUCUUUGCCCCCCGUGACGCCCCCGGGGCCCCGGGCCCCUCUGCCGCUGGCCACGCCCCCCGCGAGGCGCCCGCCGUCAACUGCUCAGCUGCCGCCGCCGCCGAGCAGCCGCUGCGCCCCGCCGCCCCAAACCACCCCCUCCUCCACCUGCAGACCCAGCCAGUCCCUGCCCCAGGCCACGCCCCUUCCCGGAAACCACGCCCCUUUCCCCCAGCCGCCUCCGUCCUCCGUGAGCCUGACGGCGUGCGGCUUUAACCCCCGCACGAGCUCGCCGUCCUCCGUCUCCCCCCCAAAACCCCGGAGGUCGCCGCCGUCGCCCGGGCCGGACAACGGGCCGGGGGAGACCGCCACCCUGCUCGGAGAGCAGCAGAACUGUGCGGGCGCCCGCAGGCCGAGCCACGCCCACCCCCACGCCAUCAGCCACGCACACACCGAGAGCACCAUCUGACCCGCUUCCUGUUUGCUCGUUGUCCCCCGAGGACCCGCCGAGGUUCUCUUUUCAUCUCGUCCUGCAUGCCCCCCCCCGAGCCCCCCCAUCCCGAGCCCAGAAAUAAGGCGUUCAGAAUGGACCACGGAGGGUCUGGAAGGAAUCAGGAUACAAAAAGGGUUUUGGAGGGUUUUGGGGGUUUUGGGGGUUUUUGGAGUGUUUUGGGGGGUUUUGGGGGUUUUGCUGGCAGACAUGGAGCCGUGGUCCAGGACCCGUCGCCUCCCUCACGUUUAACCCGACGGGAAUCAUUUCAAACACCAAGAGGCAGAAAUCUCAAAGUUGUUUUCACGUGAACUGAACCUUUAAGUCACGGCUGGCAGCUUUUCUCAUUUAGUUUUUUUUCUUUUUCCAAAGAGUGAGACUUCCAAAAAGUUUUUUUUUUUUUUUUAUGUAGGAUUUAUUUUUAUUGUAGUUUGUUUAAAUGAGUUUUUUGAGUCACUGCAGUGAAAAGUUUAACCAGCGAAUAGAAACCAUGAAAAUUUGGUUUUGCUGCAAUUUCCCAGAUUUAUUUAUUUAUUUAUUUAACUUCACGGCAUCCAUUGGUUUCUAUUCAUUUCUGUUUAGCUUGAAAUUCAACAUUUUAAUCUAUUUUUAUUUAAGUUUUAAUGCAACACUUACAUAGAACUCACCAAAAUGGCAACAACACUUUACAUUAGAUGCAGUUAAAUGUGCAUGGGUUUAAAACUCAAUCAAAUAAAUACAUAUUUCUUAUAAUUCAAUUUUAAAGCUUGAUUAUUAUUUGGCUGUUUCAAUAUAUUAUAUUAUAAUAUA